GGCUGAUACUCGAUGUGAGGCUGUAUUAAUCUGAUGGCUGAGUUAACUCUGCUUGGUCCAAGAAAAUAUAACAGAUGUUGGAAAGCACUAAUAUCACCUGUGAAGAAGAGGUCAUCAGUGAUCAAUAUAUUACAGCUCUAGCAGCACAAACCAAACCAUCACCAUGAAACACUUCCUGAGGAUGUUUGUCCAGGUAUGCCUGUACUUCUACUGCAAAUGCUUGUGGCGCUGCCUGAAAUUCGUGGUCAGGAAACUAACUGGUCAAUGUGAACUGCAAAGGAUCUGUUACAACACCAAACCUGGAGCUGCCAGAACUAUGAAAAUAGAGGCAUCCCUGAAAGGUUCAAAAUGUAAGCGGCUGCAAACAUCAGUAAAUGUUCACCCUGAUGCUAUUGAAAAAACGAUAGAUGACAUCAUGGAGCUGAAAAGGAUUAAUCCAGAUAUAAAUCCACAGUUGGGAGUGUCCCUCCAGGCAUGCCUGCUGCAGAUUGUGGGGUACAGGAAUCUCAUUGCAGAGGUGGAGAAGCUGCGCCGGGAGCCGUACGACUCAGAGAAUCCGCAGCAUGAGGAAAUGCUGCUGAAGCUGUGGAAAUGCUUGAAGCCGGAUUCACCGCUGAAAGCUCGGAUCUCGAAGCAAUGGUGUGAAAUUGGUUUCCAAGGUGACGAUCCUAAAACAGACUUUAGAGGCAUGGGUCUCUUGGGCUUAUAUAACUUGGUGUAUUUUGCUGAAUGGGACACUGAGAUAGCUCAGCAAGUUCUCACUGAUUCUCUUCACCCUAAAUACAGCCAACUUAGCAAAGCUGAAUGGGAGAAGAAAAAGUUUGACAAGGCAAUUGGCUACUCUUUUGCUAUCGUGGGCAUUAACAUAACAGACCUUGCAUACAACCUGCUGGUGAGUGGGGCUCUGAAGACCCAUUUCUACAAUGUUGCUCCAGAAGCACCAACGCUCACUCACUUUCAGCAGACCUUCUGUUAUUUAAUGCAUGAAUUCCACAAAUUCUGGAUUGAUGAGGAUCCACUGGACAUAAUGGAAUUCAAUCGCGUCAGAGAGAAAUUUUACAAGCGAAUCUUGAGACAGCUCCAGAACCCAGAGAUGGCUCUGUGUCCUCAUUUUGCAGCAUCAGAAAGUUUAAUCAACAUGUAGCUGCUCAGCUGAUCUAAUUUGGAAGCACUGUCUCACUCUUGGUUUAGAUCACUGUUAGACCAUCACUAGCAUACUGAAUGACCAUGGCAAUCGUGUGCAUGUUUUUGGCGCAGUGUUCAUCUAUUUUUGUCACAUGAUCCCCUUAUGCUUCUCCUGUUGGGGAUUUUUCAUUUCAAAUGGGUGCUCAUAUUGCCUCAUUAUGCAGUGUUACCUUCUGAAUUGAUGUCCAGAUAUCAGAGUUUUUUCUAUUUUUUUAGACUUUCCUCAUAAUUCAGCAUUGACAAUUGAAUUGUAUUUCUCUAGCAGUGUUUUUGUAUAUGUGGAAUAAGUAGCUGGAUCUUGUAUUGUGAAAGCUUUUUAACUUCUCAGUAUGUUUUAAGAUAACUACUGGCAUUUCAAGCAAAAUGUAUGUUUGGACCUCAUCUAGAAGAUAAUGUAAUUUAAUCUAAUGCAGACAAACACAUUAAAGUCCAAUUUUCUCCAUGCAACCAUUAUAUGCUUAAUGCAAAAUUAAUGAGGCUUAUGAGAUACGUGUUUCAGUGAGAAGAGUUUAUGCAGAAUUAUGAUCAAAUGCAUGAAUACCAAAUGGUCUGGUGAUGCUAAUGCAGUGAACUGUGAACACAUUCACAACUAACAGAUACUGGCAGGCGCCAAAAA